GUAAACGGAGAAGAGGAAACAGAGUUCUGUGGCGCAAACCUCAGUUGUCCUGAACUAAUUAUGAAGAACAAGAUAUUCUGGUCACCCCAAUGGUCAGUGGGGGGUUGAAAGGACCCUGAUGAGGGGUCAAAGGCUGCAGUCCAGAGAUCCGUUUGAAUUCAUUCUAUGAGUGAAUUACAUACCCACAAAUACUCCUAACUGUUCCUCUUUGUUGCACCUUCUUGUCUUUCUGGUUAGGCUGUACCUUGUUCCAAGUGUAACGAAAAAUGUCGACCUGGAUAUGCCAAGGUGGUUCUAGAAGGAAAGCCCAUUUGCUGCUAUGCUUGUGCUCGGUGUGCGGAAGGGACCUUCUCCGCCCAGGAAGAUGCAGAACAUUGCACCAAAUGCUCAGAAGAUCACCAUUCAAACAAGGACAGAGAUCAAUGUGUCCCCAAGAUUACCACCUUCCUGACUUAUGGAGAAUAUUUGGGAAUGGUUUUAGCUUCCAUUGCCCUCUUCUUGUCCUUAAUAGCAGACAUUGUGUUGGGAAUCUUCAUUAAAUACAAGGAAACUCCCAUAGUCAAAGCCAACAACCGGGACCUCUCCUACAUCCUGCUCGUCUCCCUCCUGCUUUCCUUUCUGUCCUCCUUCCUCUUCAUCGGGCGCCCAAGGAAAGAGACCUGCCUUCUCCGACAAACGGCCUUCAGCAUCAUCUUCUCAGUUGCUGUUUCUUCUGUCUUGGCAAAGACCAUCACGGUGGUGCUGGCCUUCCUGGCCACAAAGCCCGGGAACAGGGUGAGGAGAUGGCUGGGCAAGAGUCUGGCCAACUCCAUUGUCAUCUCCUGUUCUGGGGGGCAAGUUCUCAUCUGCACCAUCUGGCUGGGCUCUUCUCCUCCAUUCCCAGAGCCCGACAUGCGCUCCCAGGUGGAAGAGAUCAUCCUGCAAUGCAACGAAGGGUCUGUGGCCAUGUUUUACGUUGCCCUUGGCUACAUGGGCUUCUUGGCUGCCACCUGCUUCACGGUGGCUUUCCUAGCCAGGAAGCUGCCUGGCUCCUUCAACGAAGCCAAGCUGAUCACCUUCAGCAUGCUGGUCUUCUGCAGUGUUUGGGUGUCUUUUGUGCCCACCUACCUGAGCACCAAGGGCAAGUACAUGGUGGCCGUGCAGAUCUUCUCUAUGUUGGCCUCCAGCGCUGGGCUUCUGGGCUGCAUCUUCCUUCCCAAGUGCUACAUUAUUGUGCUGAGGGCUGAUCUUAAUACAAAGGAGCACCUGACAACCAGAAAUUAAGGGGACAUCUGAUUCUUAAAAUAGUCCAUGUGUAUGACGUCUAGAACUGCAUGAAGAAAACACACCUACUUUCCCACGUUGCUGUCAUGGUCCGGUCUACGGGUGCUCAAAGUCCCGGUUGAGGACGUUGGGACCGGUGGCAAGACAGCGGGGUGGGAGCAGGAACGAGAGUCUAGAAGCCAGGGGUCCUAGGGUUGAGAAGCAAGGAGCCACAAAGUCAAGGUUCAAAGGAUCAAGAAGCAGGAAGUCAGGAAGCCGAAGUGUAGGGAACAAGAAGCAAGAAGCCCAA